AGUCACCGGCCAGAGGUUGUCUAACAGCCAAGAUGGCGGCCACGAUGUUGAGGUCGCUCACUAAACUAGGACGUCCUUCAGCAAAACUAAUAUUAAACAAUAAUGUUCUGGGCCCUAGCUGCACUGUUCUGCAAAACAGGCAGAAACAAUGGCAGCCAGAUGUGGAGUGGACGGAGCAGUUCUCCGGGGCAGUGAUGUACCCCACCGCCGUAAACGAGAAGUGGAGCCCGCCCCCAUGGAAUGACAAAGAUCCACCUGCAGAGAAGGAAGUGUCCAACCUGACCAUAAACUUCGGUCCCCAGCACCCUGCGGCUCACGGCGUGCUGCGUCUCGUGUUGGAGCUCAGCGGAGAGUCCGUUAAGAAAUGUGACCCCCAUAUCGGGCUGCUCCACCGUGGCACAGAGAAGCUCAUUGAAUACAAGACCUACCUGCAGGCUCUGCCCUACUUUGACCGUCUGGACUACGUUUCCAUGAUGUGCAACGAGCAGGCCUACUCUCUGGCCGUGGAGAGGCUGCUCAACAUCCAAGCUCCGCCCCGUGCUGAGUGGAUCAGAGUUCUGUACGGAGAGUUGACUCGCAUCCUGAACCACAUCAUGGCCAUCACCACGCACGCCCUCGACAUUGGCGCCAUGACUCCGUUCUUCUGGAUGUUUGAGGAGAGAGAGAAGAUGUUUGAGUUUUACGAGCGAGUGUCCGGAGCUAGAAUGCACGCCGCGUACGUCAGACCUGGUGGCGUUCAUCAGGAUUUGCCCCUUGGUUUAAUGGACGACAUCUACGAGUGGUGCAAGAAUUUCUCCAUCAGAAUCGAUGAAGUAGAAGAGAUGUUGACUAAUAAUCGUAUCUGGAAGAACCGUACGGUUGACAUCGGGGUGGUUACUGCAGAAGAAGCUCUGAACUACGGCUUCAGUGGAGUGAUGCUGCGAGGAUCGGGCAUCAAGUGGGACCUGAGGAAGUCUCAGCCUUACGACAAGUAUGACGAGGUCGAGUUUGACGUCCCCAUUGGAAGCAGGGGAGACUGCUACGACAGGUAUCUAUGCAGAGUGGAAGAGAUGAGGCAGUCCCUGAGGAUCAUGCACCAGGCGCUCAACAAGAUGCCAGAAGGCGAGAUUAAGGUGGAUGACGCCAAGGUGGCGCCACCCAAGAGGUCUGAGAUGAAGAUGUCCAUGGAGUCUCUGAUCCACCACUUUAAAUUGUACACAGAAGGAUACCAGGUCCCUCCUGGAGCCACAUACACAGCUGUGGAGGCACCCAAGGGAGAGUUUGGUGUUUAUUUGGUAUCAGACGGCUCCAGCAGACCCUAUCGCUGCAAGAUCAAAGCUCCUGGAUUUGCUCACUUGGCGGGUCUGGACAAAAUGGCCAAAGGACACAUGCUCGCUGACGUGGUCGCCAUUAUUGGUACACAGGAUAUCGUGUUCGGCGAGGUCGACCGUUAACGUGAUGCUGCUAACCUGUUUGUCACCUAAAGAGGAUUCAAUCUCUGCGUCAUACAACUGUUAGUCAGGUUCUCUUCCUGUUCACUAUCUGCUUGUAGUGAGGCUUUUCACAGACGACUCUACGUCUGAUCAGUGAUGUACAAUGUCCAAAUAAACCUAAUAAAUAUUUUAUGACCCAACAA